CGUCGCGACGGCAGCACACGCGUCGCUCCCCCACAGAGAAAACUCUGAGCAGCACACAGUAGAAUCACGCAGAUAUAGAACGCAGAUCUGUGAAAUCGCCCACAAAAUAAAAACAAACGCGACACUCGCAGCGGCGCAUCGCGAAGAAAAAUCCCAGUGUUUCCCAUGUUCGAAAGAUAAAAACCCAAGGCCCUUGCCCAAAUGGCCGCCACACGUGUGUGCUCUAUAAGAAAGAAAUAACGCCCAGCCCAGAAGAACCCACUAGCCAACUAGCCAAGCAAACUAUCCGCAUCAAAGUAGAGCAAGUGUUGCAACAAGCAUUCCAAAUGUUGUCCUGUCUGGCGCCGUCGUCUUCACGUUUCGGCCAAGAGGAUACCAUCAUUCAGCAGAGCAUGCCCUCCACCUCCCCCUUCGCCAUGCAGUUUCCCUCGCUGGCCUCCACUUUGCUCCACCACAACCAGUCGCCGAAGCACAGCAAUCCCGGAUCCAGCGGGAUCCAGGAUGCCCACCCCAACCAGCCAGGUGCCGCUGCAGAUGCCUUCCUGGUCAAGUGCACCCAGUGCCACAAGCGAUUCACCGAGUAUCAGUCCCUCAGCGAGCACAUUGCCAGCGAGCAUCCACACGACAAGCUGAACUGCGGAGCUGCCCAGCCGGAGAGCGAUGCCGAGGACGAGCAGAGCAACAUGAGCGGCAGCAGCAGGCGGUACGCCAAGUCGCCGCUGGCCAGCAACAACAACAGCAGCACCGCCAACGCCAACAACAACAGCACCAGCAGCCAGUCCAUGAACAACAACAGCGAGCUGGCCAAGAACCACAACAGCGCCAACAAAAUGUCGCCCAUGUGCUCACCUGGCUCCCUCACCCCCGGCGACCUCUUCGCCCAGCUCCAGCACCCGCCGCCCCAGCUGCCGCCCCACCUGCACGCCCAGUUCAUGGCCGCCGCCGCCUCCCUGGCCAUGCAGUCCGCCCGCACCGCCAGCUCGCCCAGCCAACAGCAGCAGCACCAGCAGCAGCACCACCACCAGCAGCAGCAGCAUCAGAUGGCCAUGCAGCAACUGCUGCCGCCGCAGCUGCCCGGCAGCAACAGCAGCGUGGGCAGCAACUCCGCCUACGACCUGGACCUCAGCGCCCCGCGCUCCACCUCCAGUCCGGGCUCCACCACCGGCGACCUGAGUGGCGCCUAUCCCUGCAUGCAGUGCACCGCCUCCUUCGCCAGCCGCGAGCAACUCGAGCAGCACGAGCAGCUCCACUCGCCCUGCGGACCGGCGGCGGUCAGCAAUGUCUCCCAGACAUGCCGCAUCUGCCACAAGGCCUUCGCGAACGUGUACCGCCUGCAGAGGCACAUGAUCAGCCACGACGAGAGUGCGCUGCUGCGGAAGUUCAAGUGCAAGGAGUGCGACAAGGCCUUCAAGUUCAAGCACCACCUCAAGGAGCACGUGAGGAUCCAUUCCGGCGAGAAGCCCUUCGGAUGCGACAACUGCGGCAAGCGGUUCUCGCACUCGGGCAGCUUCUCCUCCCACAUGACCUCCAAGAAGUGCAUCAGCAUGGGCCUCAAGCUGAACAACAACCGCGCUCUGCUGAAGCGCCUGGAGAAGAGCCCGGGUUCCACAUCCUCCGGAUCCCGGCGAUCGCCCUCCGAUCACGGUAAGGGAAAGCUGCCGGAGCAGCCGUCGCUGCCGGGACUACCCCAUCCGAUGAGCUACUUCGCCAGCGAUGCGCAGGUGCAAGGUGGAAGUGCGGCACCCGCGCCCUUCCCGCCAUUCCAUCCGAACUACAUGAACGCGGCCCUGCUGGCCUUUCCCCACAACUUUAUGGCGGCUGCAGCUGGCCUGGAUCCUCGGGUGCAUCCCUACAGCAUCCAGAGGCUGCUGCAACUUUCGGCCGCCGGGCAGCAGCAGAGGGAGGAGGAGCGAGAGGAGCAGCAGAAGCAGCAGCAUGAGGAGGAGGAGACCCCCGAUGAGUCCAAGCUGGUGAUGGAUAUCGAGGAGCCGGAGACCAAGGAGAGGGCACCCACGCCAGAGGCCACCGAAGCAGCCACUCCCAUUAAGCGGGAAGAGAGCAGGGAAGCCUCUCCAGCUCCAGAGAGCUACCGUUCCUCCUCGCAAGCAAUCAAGCAGGAGCAGGAGCCCCUGAACGUAGCAGAGGAACGUCAAACUCCUGUGCAAGAACACGCCCCAGUGGAGCAUGCCGCUGAUCUGCGCUGCAGUCGCUGCUCCAAGCAGUUCAAUCAUCCCACUGAGCUGGUGCAGCACGAGAAGGUGCUUUGUGGCCUGAUCAAGGAGGAGCUGGAGCAGCACUUCCAACAGCAACAGGCCACGUCCUUCGUCUUGGCCUCCGCCAGCGAAGAGGAUGAGGAAGACGAGGAGAUGGAUGUGGAGGAGGAGCCCCGGCAGGAGAGUGGCGAGCGGAAAGUCCGCGUGCGAACGGCCAUCAACGAGGAGCAGCAGCAGCAGUUGAAGCAGCACUACUCCCUGAACGCUCGACCCAGUAGGGAUGAGUUCCGAAUGAUAGCAGCCCGUCUGCAGCUGGAUCCCCGGGUGGUUCAAGUGUGGUUCCAGAACAACCGCUCCAGGGAGCGCAAAAUGCAGAGUUUCCAGAACAACCAGGCGGCAGGCGCAGCACCGUCAGUGCCCAAUGACUCCCAGACAUCUCUAACCCGGGAGGAUCAACCGCUGGACUUGUCUGUGAAGAGAGAUCCCCUCACGCCGAAGAGUGAGAGCUCGCCUCCGUACAUAGCUCCACCGUCGGGAGAAGCCCUCAACCCCGAAGCAAUCAAUCUCAGCAGGAAGUUCUCCACAUCCGCAUCGAUGUCACCGGCCUCGAUUUCACCGUCAUCCGCGGCAGCCCUCUACUUUGGAGCUGCCCCGCCGCCUUCGCCCCCAAAUAGCCAGCUGGAGUCCACUCCUCGGAGUGGCCAGGCCUUUCCGGGACUACCUCCCUACAUGCUGCCCAUGUCGCUGCCCAUGGAGGCGCUGUUUAAGAUGCGCCCGGGCGGAGACUUCGCUUCCAACCAUGCCUUGAUGAACAGUAUUAAGCUGCCCGACUACCGGGGCACCAGCUUGAGUCCCGGCGGAUCGGAGAAGCGUUCGUGGCGGGACGACGACUCGCGCAUCUCCCACGAGGACGAGUUCGGCGCCGGCGUCCUGAUGCCACCGAAACCGCGGAGGGGCAAGGCGGAGACCCACGGACACGCUGGCGAUCCCGAUCUGCCCUACGUGUGCGAUCAGUGCGACAAGGCCUUCGCCAAGCAGAGUUCGCUGGCGCGACACAAAUACGAGCAUUCCGGUCAACGACCCUACCAGUGCAUGGACUGCCCGAAGGCCUUCAAGCACAAGCACCACCUCACGGAGCACAAGCGUCUGCACAGCGGCGAGAAGCCCUUCCAGUGCUCCAAGUGCCUGAAGCGCUUCUCGCACUCGGGCAGCUACAGCCAGCACAUGAACCACCGGUAUUCCUACUGCAAGCCCUACAGGGAAUAGGUAAGCGACACCUCAGUGCCGCCCACCUGCCAACCAGGAGCCAAUCCCCUAGCGCCGCCGGCGACGGCCAGCAACCGGGGCCGUCGUCGAGUUCAGGUUCCGGCGGGGAACCCCCCGUACCCGCCGCAUCAUCAGCACCCACACCAUCCGCAUCUGGCGGCCAUGGCUGCCUUCCAGCAGCAGCAACAGCACCACAGGCUCUCCUGGAAUGGAGGUGGAGUGAUGCUGCCGCCGCCACCCAGCCAGCAGGCGCAUCGUCCGCCGGCUCCACAUCCGCCUCCAUUGCUUUCUGGCUCCGGGUUUGGCCAGCCCCCAGCGGCGCAGUUCUUUCACCACCAUGCGGGACUGCUGCCGCCGCCGCCACCGCCACAGACCACGCCCACGUCCGCGCCCGCCUUCGACUUCUUCAACGCCAAGAUGUUUCAGAAUUGAGCUGAGAGAGCCGAGCAAGCCAAGCCAGCACUUACAGGCUGUACUUAAAAACCGACGAACAGAAAAUCUCAAAAUGUGCAGGAACACACUGAAAGAAACACCCCCAAAUGCACUUUAGACCCAGUCAGAGUCAGAAAAGCAAGAGAGAAAUAUUUUUUAUAGCCAUAUAGCCAGGGGAAAAGUAAGAAGCCGUAGUUGAAAACCUUUCGUUUGAGCGAAUUUAUUAUUUUUACAAUGUUGCAACCACUUUGUUCUUAGUAUUUUAUUAGUUUACCUUAACUUAGCUUACCGCCUAAGUUGGAGCGGGGCUGAAUCAUUUUGUUUGGCCCCCACUCGCCUAAGAUAUCGUUUUAUCUAUUUUUUUACGCAUUAAUGUUUUAGCUUUUAGUUUGAGGAGCUGGAGAGACCAGUACCAAGUGCUGCAGAAUACUCAAAACUCGAUCGUUAGUAAAGAGCUCACUCCUUGAUGGAGUGCAUGUAUAUUUUCUACGAUUAUGUAUUCUUUUAAGCUGUAACUUUUAGUUUUCGGUUAAGCCAGGCUGGGUUGACAUUGCGCAACCGCUCGAAAGGAAUUUCCACCCACAACCUCCGGACCAACGCAGAAGAAAGCAGAGAAAGUAAAUGAAAUGAAGAAAAUACAAGCAGACAAUACAAGCUACACACCCAGAUACAAAAGUAUUAAGCAGCGACUCUGUAUUAAAGCCACCCCAUUGUAAAGUCCACGCCCCAAUCGCCCCCAUUUCGUAUAUAGUUUAUGUUAAAUGGAAAACCCACCGCUUGCCGCGCGUUUCAAGCUCACUUACUUAAGGAAAACCCCAGUCGUUCUCGAACUACGCUUUAAAUUUAAACUUGCCCCUAAAUCGCGAAAUGAGCACAAACACCUACAAGAUCAUUCCAUUUGGCCAGAGCCGCGCCCACACAGAAGGUGCACGUCAUGCAUUUAAGGCCUCCGGCUGCCGCUUGCCACUCGACAACCCAAUAAAUCUAAAUCUAAAUCUAAUGCUAAACUAAACUAAACUAAUGCUAACUAAUAUUUAAAAGAAAAACUUAAUUUGGCCUUAUUACGGAUUAUUUAACGAUUAAAACGUUUCACAAUAUUCACAUAAAACUAGCAUGUAAAGCGAAAAGAAAUCAUUUGGAAAAGUCUCGCGAAAUCUAUUAGCAAAAUUCCAUGUGCGUACUAAAUGUAAAAAUCAAAAAUCAAAAAUGAAAAAAUCGAAAAAGAAACCAACCAAAAAGCCCCUAUUAACUAUCGUAAUGUUUGCCAUGACAAUAAAUUUAUGACUAAUAAUUGAUAAUGCUUUCGAUUGCCGUGCUAGCCAAGAGGAAGAGAAGUCAGGUCAAAGUUCAAUUAAAAUCGUUUCUUACUCAGCCGCAGACUAAAAUUAGUUGAAGAAAAACAAGGUUUCCAGAACAACGAACAUUUCUUUUUGAUGUCUAACUUGUCCAAGGAAUUUUCGCCCAUGAUUUUCUUGCUUUUCCAGACACGCAAAAAAAAAACGAGAGGAAGAAAAACUCACAAAAAAAUGCAUUUAAUACUUAAUUAGUUUUUAUAUUCUUGUAUUUUAACGGGCAGGAGGCCGAUCGGCGGUAUAUAUAUGUGUACAUACAUAUAUUUUUUGUAAAUUAUUUCGCAAGAACAAAAGCUAGAGAAUCCAAAAGCAAAAGCAAACAAGCGCAAACUGUUAAACUCGAGUUGGAAUACUUCAGAUUUCGGAUACAGCCGCACACACGUUAGCAUAAAUUUAACAAUAAUUACUAUUACACGCGUAAAUACUUAGCCUAGUUGAAGAAACCCCUUAACAACAACAAAAUGUUAACUUAAACACUAAAAGGAGAACUUAUUUUUAAGCGCAAAUACUAUGUGGUUUGUGAUGGAUAUUUGCACUCUAGGGCCUUAUAUGAAAUACACACUACACUAUACUACACAACACAACACCCACGUACAUAAACAAUUGUUAGUUAUUUAAAUACGCUACACACUUAACUGGCGGAGGAUCGUUUUAUGUGUUCCCAACCACCCAAGUCCUCAACUUUUCAAAUCCCCGCUCUCUGUUAAAGUUGUUCGCCCACUCUAUGUGUAAAUAUGCGGAGCAGGAAGUCCAGUACACUUGUAUUAUUUGUUUUACUUUAUGUCCAACAAUAGCGAUCCCUAAGUUAAGCACCUCGUUGAAACGGCAUCAAAUGUUCAUUUUAUUGCUCGUCAGAGAACACCAAAA